CCCCCAUGUUUCUUUCUUUCGGAUUGAUGAAUUAAGCGCCCGUAAAGCAAUCGACUUGGAGAAAGUCGUGUCGACGAUUCGGAUAAAUAAGAGCUGGCAUGAGUCGAGUCAUGUGCGAGAUGGAUAAACAGCCGCAACGGACCUGCUGGUCUGACAAACAAGUGCUUGGAAGUGAUCAUUGAUAUUGAGCGGCCUCGAAGCCUUGUCGUCUUGCAGCCUCAGGAACGGUUGGUCCUGCUCGACCUAAGCCCUGUGUAGUGCCUGGAAGCUCAGCGCGGCAACCCUAACCCAUAAUCGAGUCCUCCACUGCUUUGACCAGAGGGCCAGACAUCUCAGCCAGUUGCGACGUACUGCGUUCGAUAAGACUUUUGGGCUCCCGGUCCACGUCUCCUUUGGCUUUGCCAUCGAUCGGCCCGACCUGCUUUCCCGGAAGUUUUGAUCGUCUUCCUCGACCAGAGCACCAGACGACAUCACACCGCCCAAGCAAAUGAGGGGAGACUUCAUGAUACGAUGGGCCUGGAACUCAGACAUGAGUGCGGGAGGGUAGACGACCUACGAGCUACUUGAAAGCCAUAUUCCUGGCAGCGGUACCGUCGGGAGGGCUGCAGCAUCAGAUUUUGCAUCGAGAAAGGGAAGGAGGGGGCAGGAGGAGUACGGGAUGGUGGCGGCCGACAAAACGCCAGUGGCUGGAACGCUCGUUUCUAUAUCCACUGCAGCGCUGGGAUGGAAGAUGCGUGUGUGCUGUGUGGCAGCAGCGCGGGUGAUUCAUGGUGGAAACGACCAAUUCGCUCAGUGUACAUUGGAAACGCAUGGGUACAUCAGGGACGAGGAG